AUGACAGUCCCCGGCACGGACCUGCUGGCCGAAGCACUUGCUGACUGCCAAGUGGUCAACGACACCGAUUAUGUAAACGCCACCAACACUAGUGUGGCUUUGCUACACAUAGAGACACGAAGCUCUGCCGGCACUGGCCUCAUAGACGUUGGCGACGAGGAGUCCGAUGGCGUCGUGUUUGUCUCACACGUGCUACCGCCAGCUGCUGCACACCUCACACCACCCAUCACGGCUCGCACCAACGAAACGAAUGCACUUCUUAACCAGACGCCUAUAAUGUCCACGCUGGAGAAUCCGAGCGCUGUGCAGCUGAGACGUGUCUCUCCCCUGGGCGAGGUUAACCUGGAUGACAGUUUGGCCGUCCUCGGUGCCACAAACACUAGUGGCGUACCCACCUCACUAGAACUCCCAAUUACCGUAACGAAUCCGGCUAUAGCUCACCGCGUGACAGCUCCCAUAGCGGAAAUUGUGCAGUACUCUUUGACCUUAGACGAGGAGGAAGUCUGUAGAGCAUCGGAAAUUACAGUCCCCGGCACGGACCUGCUGGCCGAAGCACUUGCUGACUGCCAAGUGGUCAACGACACCGAUUAUGUAAACGCCACCAACACUAGUGUGGCUUUGCUACACAUAGAGACACGAAGCUCUGCCGGCACUGGCCUCAUAGACGUUGGCGACGAGGAGUCCGAUGGCGUCGUGUUUGUCUCACACGUGCUACCGCCAGCUGCUGCACACCUCACACCACCCAUCACGGCUCGCACCAACGAAACGAAUGCACUUCUUAACCAGACGCCUAUAAUGUCCACGCUGGAGAAUCCGAGCGCUGUGCAGCUGAGACGUGUCUCUCCCCUGGGCGAGGUUAACCUGGAUGACAGUUUGGCCGUCCUCGGUGCCACAAACACUAGUGGCGUACCCACCUCACUAGAACUCCCAAUUACCGUAACGAAUCCGGCUAUAGCUCACCGCGUGACAGCUCCCAUAGCGGAAAUUGUGCAGUUAGCUCCCUUUCAGUAAGCGAUAGAUCGCGUCG